GUCAAUAUAUAUGUGUUUCUAGUGAAAUUUUGGGUUUUUAACUGGAAAUAAUUGUUUAAUUGCAUUUUUUAAAGAUGUGAUACGAUACUAAAUUGUUAAAAUGAAGUGCCCGUUUAAUUAUCAAGUUAAUAGGGUCACAUAAUAUUGUCAGAAAAAUGAAUAUUAUGCGUAAAUUAAGGGGUGGAGGGGUGUCAUCAGCUGCAUCAAGUUCAGAAAGUAUGGGCGACCCGUCCUCUGCUCAUACACAGUUGGGAUUGAUGCAUCUAAAGAAACUAUUUCUAGAAUAUAUGCAUCCCCCUCAUCCUCUAACAGAUAAAGAAAAAGAUGAUAAACUCUACAACAUGCUGCCUCUUUUCUGUAAGGUCUUUGGAGCGAGCCCAACAUGCGACAUGAACGAAAAAUUCUGGGACAUUUUAGCCUUUUGCCAUCAAGUUUCAUUGCUGAUGGUAUCCGAAGUGAGAAAGAGAGCCUCGAAUCAGAGCACGGAAUCGGCUAGUGCAGCUAUUGCGAAAUUUUUGGAAAUCGAGAACUGUGAAGAAUCUAGUAAUGGCUGGAUGUUGUUGUCAACUUUAAAUUUGCUGGCUGCUGGAAAUGCGACACUAGUGCAAGUCAUGGCGGAAGUAUCAGUACCAUCAACUUUAGUUAAAUGUUUAUAUCUCUUUUUUGAUCUGCCUGAAAUUCCGGAAAAAGAAUCUAAUAAAAAAGAUAAUACUAGCGAUUUUACACCGUUAGAGCGUCGAGUUUUACUGCAGAAAAUAUUUGUUCAGUUGUUAGUGAGAUUGUGUAGCCAUAGGAUUCCAGCGGAAGAACUGGCAAAAAAAGAUGACUUAACAUUAUUAUUCUUAGCCAUUACUUCAUGGUGUCCUUCAUACAAUGUGAUGUGGAGAAAAAGCGCUGCCGAAGUAUUAAUGACGUUAUCUCGACAUGGGCUUACUCCUCCCGUAGUAGGCUAUAUCCACAGUAAGGCCUGUGUAGCAGUUUGUAUAGAAAACAUGAAAAAAGUACCUGAAUUAGCGCCAUUAGAACUAGUAGAAAUGUUUGUAACUGUAUUCUGUUUCCUUAAAGACUCUAGUGAAGUCUCAGCAACAUUACUAGAUGACUUCAGACAAGCCCAAGGAUACGCCUUUUUGUCAGAGUUUCUUUUAAAGCUUGAAAGUGAAAAAUCUAACGAGGCCCAAGAAUCCAUAAGAAACUUAGCAUUAAUGAUAACGUCCUUAUGUAUGUGCGGGUAUCUAGAACUCAAACCGUCUCAAGCGUCAACUGGUUCGCUAUUUCAAAUGCCUGGCUUUAUUUUACCACAGCCUUCUGGAAGAGGGACCAGCGUGAGGAAUAUCCAGGCAUUCCAUGUUCUUCAAAACACGUUUCUAAAAUCGAAUUCUUCGCUAGUUUGCGGUACUAUACUCGACGCGAUUUCGAGCAUAUAUCAUUCGGACAAUGCAAACUAUUUCAUCCUGGAAAAUCAGAACACUCUCAGUCAAUUUACCGAAAAAAUCCAUCACAAACCUGCAGAUAUCCAGAAGAAGUUAUUUGAAUUAAUAGAAUUUCUGGUGUUUACCUUGAACUUCGUUCCCUGCAAGGAACUUAUAUCCAUGUCGAUAUUCCUCAAAUCUCACAGCAUAAAUCACGUGGAAUGUAGCACAUCCUGUAUGAAAACUUUGCUAAGCAUACUGAAACAUAACGCGCUUUUCAAAGAUGUGUAUCGCGAAGUAGGUUUGUUGGAAGUGUUUGUAACUCUUCUAAAUCGAUACGCGAGUUUUUUGGAGACGAAAAAAUCGGCGACGAGCAAAGGCAAGAGUUAUAGUAUUCCGUCUGGACAGGAUAAGCUCGGGGGUAUGGUUAUAGAGGCUAUUACGCUUCUUUUAAGUAGCAACAAUGCAAAUGCUAAUGUUCUGAGGGAGUGUGGAGGUGCUAAAUGUGUACAUGGUCUGGUUCAGUUUCUGGAAUGCAGAUAUGCUGCUUUGGGAAUUAUAAGAGAAUUAGUACUGACAGGUGGUGGCGACGAUGACAUGAGCCAAUUAUUAAACACCCUACAUUCAGCACCCAGAACCGAGUUAGAUUUGAAAAUAGACAUUUUAGAAGCAUUGAGACUGUGCUUGAAGGAAUCUCAUAGAACUAGGACUGUAUUUAGAAAGGCUAAUGGAUUUAUAUACGUAACUAGUGUGUUAGUUGCUCUGGAAGGUAGAUUAAACCAGAAAGAAACGAACCCGCAAGUGAUGAAUCUUUUGAUAUUAGUAUUCCAAACGAUUUGUACUGCGAUGCGUUUCGAGCCGGCUAAUGCGAAAUUUUUUUACUAUGAAAUUUGUAAAACUAGUCUCUGUGAUACCCUGAAGCUGUUGGGAUGUUUUUCCACGGAAAAAGUGACAGCUAUUAGUGAGAGCGAUUUUGAAUCGCCGUCAAAUAACUAUCAUGAAAUAUUCCAUAAUUUGUUUGUAGGAUCAGUGAAUAAUGUUAACAUUCCAGAUGAGAUAUCGCCAUCUUUAAGUUACACAACAAUAAUCUACAGGCUGUUAUAUGAUUUAGCUUUGGAUCUUUUCGAUAGAGCUAACAUGAAUUCUGUUAUUUUUAAUAUUAAAUCCCCUCCAUUAUCAAGACAACAGAGCGAAUCUCAGACUGAACUUAGUAUCCAAAAAGAUAAGAGAUCAAAUGUGAACAGUUUAAAUUUAAAUCCUCCUGCUCCAGACCCGAUUGUUGUUCAUCCUGGAGUCGUUAUUUGUAUGUUCCAGCUUUUACCUUGUAUUAAAGACGAUACUUACGAAACAUAUCUUAGCCUGCAAUUAUAUAUUGCUGAAGUGAUAAAAUCAUUAGUGAGAAGCGAAAGGAAUCAACAAGUGAUGUGCGACGCUGGUUUCGUUACUUAUUUAUUAGAAGUCGGUUCAGCCCCUUUGCAAAACGAGAAUCAUCCCUUACACACCCAUUUACAAUAUAUGCUAGAACGACUGGCAGCUCAAGCUUUAGAACCCAUCGAUUUAAGAACGUUUUUUAGGCUUGGAAAUCCAUUGAGUUGUCUACCUCUAGGAUCAACUGAACCUGGUGGAGGACCAGUACCUCUAACCCGUAUUAAAACUAUAGUUUCUAUGACCACGCCUAAGGAUUUUAGGGCUCAGUCUACCUAUACUUUACCGCCGUUUGUUGAAUUCGAUAUGUCGGCGGAGGGGUUUGGAUGUUUAUAUUUGCCUAGUAUUGCACCACAGUCUAUUUCAGUGCCUAGUGUGGUGUCUGCAGUUGACGGCAGUAUAUUAGGGGGAAUUGGAUCAGGAGAUCGACUCUUUCCUCCCCAGACUGGUCUCAGUUACUCCACGUGGAUUUGUGUAGACAAGUUUUCUGACCCUCGUAGUGAUCCUCACUCUGUCCAUCUCCUUACUUUGGUGAGAAGCUACAAUGGAGCGAAAGAAGAUCAUGUUGUUUGUCUCUCCAUUGUUCUCUCAACUAGGGAUAAAGCCAUCAUUGUUUCAACAAAAGAAACGAGAAUACCAGGGAAUAUAGUCGGAGAUUGGGAACCUGAAGGAUCUGGAGAACACGGAGCCCGCGUUUGGUAUCCAGACCUACUCAAAGAAACCCAAUGGCAUCAUAUAGUUGUGGUUUUAAAUAGAGCCGUAUUGAAAAAUUCAUCUUUUUCCCUUUAUAUCGACGGCCAACAAAUUCACACGCAAAAGAUGCACUAUAUCUCUCAGAAUCCCGCCGGCCCAGCGUCAAACUUGAACCUGUCCACCUCGGUUUAUGGAUAUAUCGGAACUCCUCCGGCGUGGAGGAGAUAUUCCCGGCUGUGUUGGAAACAGGGCCCCUGUCAUUUGUUUGAAGAAGUUUUGACUCCCACAACUGUAUCUCAGAUGUAUCAGUUAGGACCGCAUUAUAUGGGUUCUUUUCUGGCACCAAAUUUGACAUCGACUGAUUCAAUGCAAUUAGUGUCCGAAGAAAAGGUGGUUUUUGGUUUAAACGCCAAAGCUGUCUCUCAACUGACGUUGAAUAAAAUUAGGAAAGUUUACAGCAAAGCUGAUAAUAAGUCAAUAGCAAAACAAUUGGGGAUGUCCAGUCAUGAAAGUGCUACUCCAAUAAGAAUAUUACACAACUCUGCAGGACAUCUUGCAGGUUCGGCUAGGACAUUAGGUGGCGUUGUUAUAGGCUAUCUAGGUGUUCGAGUAUUCUGUCCAAGGCCAGUGGCCAUAACUGUCGAUACAGUAGGUGGUUGUUCAGUAUUGCUCGGUCUUAUUGCGAUGGCCCAGGAUCAAGAAAGCCUUUACGCUGGCGUUAAGGCUUUGGUAUGCGUGGUUCGAAGUAAUCGAGUUGCACAAGCCGAAAUGGACAGAAGACGAAGUUACCAGACAUUAGCGAUGCUGCUUCGUCGCAAACGACAUCUCCUCAACUCUCAUAUUCUUCAUUUGGCCUUUGGUUUAGUUGGGACAGUUGAUAGUGGUCGUGAGUCGUCGGCGAUACCUAACAAAACAGCGUUUCAAGACUUACUCUGUGACUUGGAGGUUUGGCAUGAAGCUCCAGGUGACCUCUUAAGAUCUCAUUUAGAACAUCUGUAUGAGUUAGUAUCGGAGUCAAGUGAAAAGAAGCAUAACACGUGGGUAAUGAGGGACUUAGGAUUGGUCGAGAAACUUCUGUAUAUAACACCAGAAGUGAAAAAUGGGGCUUCAAAACAGGUGCUGUUUUCACUGUUGAGUGUGUUACUGGGAAGUCAGCCUAGAGCCAAUGAUCUGUUAUUAUUCGGACAGUUUAUAGCCUCCACUCUUCCACAAGUUGCAACUUUAAACGAAAAAUCUGUCAUAUUGAAAGAGGGCGAUCCAGAUGCAGAGAAUAUUUUACUUAGGAACAGAUGUUUAAAUUUGUUACAUUCGCUAGUAUUUUCAAGUAGAAAUCAAGUGGGAGAAGAGAUUUCUAAAAUAUUGGGAUUCGAUUGGCUUCUCUUAUUCAUGCAACCCAACGUUCAUUCCGCUAGUUGCGUCUGGGCUUUUAGGAUAUUGGUUGCCGCGUGUUCUAGUCCCUUUUUAAUAUGUCGAUUUCGAGAAGCAACAAGCAACGGCGGCUGGUUACGAUACACUGAACAAGUAACCCACAACAGAAUGGCAGUGGUCUUAGGAUGCCCCACACAUUCACCACUACUAAGUUCUGAGUUUAAAUCUGACGCAUUACACGUUCCCGGAUUUCAGUAUUUGGCAUGGCUUCUCCCCUCCCACCUGGACAUUCCAGAGCUCUACUUUCUUUUAACCGCUUUAAUGAUGGGCCAACCUGCCAAAUUGCUGCCGGUCGAAACAAAGUUCGAUCUGGACACCGUAUGGGCGUUUUUAUGGGGUUCUUCGGUGAAUAACCAGUCUAUAAAUAGUGUAAUGCCAAGAAUAACAUUAAGUCCCGAGGCUGUGGUCGUUUUACUUGGAAUGAUGAGGGCGUUGUUACAUUCCGAUCCUUCCAAUUUACCCGAUUGGUUAAAGGAUCAUAUUGUAUCCAUAAUACAGGUUUUGUUUCAACUUUAUCAUAAUAUGCCGGAGUUUAUGCCAGUUUUUAUGUCUUCUGAGGUAUUGACGGCUUUAGCCAGUGUGUUAUUCCCUCCAAAUAAUCGAUCUGAAGAGAGUGAGGAGAGUAGUGGAACUUCUUCUCCUACCGGAGAGGAGGCAUCAGACAUGAUUGUUGUACCAAGAACGCCAUCAGAAGAUGAACCAUUGACAUCACAUCCUGCCAGACAAUUUGUGAUUGAUUUUAUCAGAGUUAUUGUGGUCGAUUCCCUUAGUCUCUCUACCACCUUGAAAACUUCUCCGGUAAUAGACUUGGUUUUAGACGCCUUUCCAGAUGAUUCAAGCAAUUCCCAACAAGUAGCUUACCAAACAGAAGUAUUGGUAACACUGAUGGAUCAUUUACUGGCAGCUGAUAUGUUGGUAGGAGACCAGGCAGCUAUUCCGAUUGUGCCUCUGGUUAAUGCUCAUAUUCAACAUGUUGCUCCAAACGUGUUUUAUUUGACGUCUAGAAUUAUGGAUAAACUUUGGCAAGGGGCUCUUAAUAGGGACCCACAUGAAGUAUUUGAUUUUAUAGUAAAAUUAAUUGGGCAGGCGAAAAGACGGACAGGAAACUUAUCCUUGGAAGGACUGUAUCAUUGUUUAAAUCGCAGUAUAUUGUAUCUUCUUUCUAGAAAUACAGAGUCUAUAGCUGAUCAGAUGUCUGUUCUGGAAGCAUUGCAUAAAUUAACGACAAAUAGAUUGAUAGUAUUUGGCGCAGGCAACCACGAACUCGACUUUAUCGGUUGCUUGACCUACUGCCUGCUUCAACUCACCGCUGACAUGAGGAUCGCCUUAGAAUUUGGCGGAGGUCACUCGGCCCCAAGAACCACCUGGCACGUGAAUCCAGGUCAGGAUUUAGAGGCUCGCGACGAAUUGUUAAAUGCCCAUCAAGGUCGUAACUUAAUGGCUACGGCUGCGGCAAGGGUCUGGGAAGAAUUGUACGUUUGUAAGAAGCCCGCCAUAGAGGAAGUGUUUAAAGUUACGUUACCGUCGCCUAACGCGAAUGCCAAAGCACCGGAUUUGACGGUAGUUCGAGAGCAAGUUUACGAUGCCGCUUUGAAGUUAUGGUUAAAUUAUAUUGAUGCGGAAAGGAAAGCAGUGUAUAGGGUUCCAUGGGAGUUGCAUAAUCAACUUCAAUCAAAAAUCCAUAAAGUGACUGGCGGUUUGACGCGACUGGCCAGCAGGACAAAAGUCCGCAAGGAAGAGACCGCAAGGGUCAGGGUCAGAAUGGGCCGUAAACGAGCCAUUGCCUGGAUGCUUAGUCAUAUUGGCAUAAUUCGUGAUUUAGUUGAAAUGAGGCGACAGCAACAUCAAAAUACUACCAACCAUACUCAAAGAUAUGUGCAUCAGGAGUGGUUACAAACCGAGAACGAAUUAACUAGAGAACGAGGUUUAUGGGGACCUCCGGAGCCCUGCGACUUGGAUAAAUGGAUGUUAGACAUGACUGAAGGUCCUCAUAGAAUGCGAAAGAAAACCAUGAGAAACGACUUGUUUUAUUUGCAUUAUCCGUACAGACCCGAUCACGAGAAAGGACUUUUAAAAUACAAAGUGGCAACCAGCUAUCACAGCAAAGAGUACUUCCAAGUCCUUCAAUUGAGACAACACAACAGCGUCAGCGGAUUUACCCUUGAACCUCCCGAAAGAACGGAUAGUAUUUCCGAAGAACCUUCACCUCUACCUUACGCUUCCAUACCUCCUUUAGCAAGACUGACCUCGGAUAUCGAGGACCAACAAGAAGAGAACGACGGAGACGAAGAACAACCGUCCGCGCAGCCCGACAAUCAAACUUUGCUGCGGUUGCUUCAGCAUAACGAAAAAAUUACGUAUAUGUUUCGGGUGGCUAGAAUUCAAGGGCUGGACACGACAGAAGGACUGUUGCUUUUCGGACAGGAACAUUGCUACAUCGUUGACGGAUUUACCUUGCUUAAGAAUAGAGAAAUUCGAGAUAUUGACAGUGUGCCGCAUAAUGCUAAUGAAUAUGAACCGAUAUUACCGAAUCCUGGUUCGCCAAGAAGGUCUAGGGCUAUGAGACAAUGCUCCAAGUUUUCUUAUGACGAUAUACGAGAGGUUCAUAAAAGAAGGUACUUACUCCAACCGAUGGCAUUGGAAGUAUUCUCCAGGGACGGACGGAAUUAUUUGCUUGCAUUUCCAAGAAAACAGAGGAACAAAGUGUACCAAAGAUUUAUGGCGACAGCAACUGGAAUUGCUGACAGUGCCCAGCAAUCUGUAGCGGGUCAGAAACGAACGGCCAAUGUCGAACAAGCUACCAGUUUGCUCAGUAAUCUUAUUGGCGAAACCAGCGUUACUCAAAGAUGGGUUAGGGGAGAAAUCUCAAAUUUCCAGUAUUUGAUGUACUUGAACACCUUAGCCGGCCGAUCCUAUAACGACCUCAUGCAAUAUCCAGUUUUCCCAUGGAUUUUAGCAGACUACGAUUCCGAGGAACUGGAUUUAACUGAUCCGUCAACGUUUCGCGAUUUCACGAAACCAAUGGGAGCGCAAAGUCCGGAAAGAUUGGAGCAGUUCAAAAAGCGCUAUAAAGAAUGGGAUGACCCGCAUGGUGAAACUCCUCCAUACCAUUAUGGCACUCAUUACUCAAGCGCUAUGAUAGUAUGUUCUUAUUUAGUGCGCUUGGAACCUUUUACUCAGCAUUUCCUGCGACUACAGGGAGGCCAUUUUGAUUUAGCCGAUCGAAUGUUUCAUUCCGUUAAAGAAGGCUGGCUUUCCGCUUCGAAACACAACAUGGCCGACGUGAAAGAACUUAUACCGGAAUUCUUCUAUUUACCUGAAUUUUUAGAGAAUUCUAACCAGUUCGAUUUGGGCGUAAAACAAAAUGGCAUAGGACUGGGUGAUGUCAUAUUACCACCAUGGGCAAAACAAGACACUAGAGAGUUUAUUAGAGCUCACAGGAUGGCAUUGGAAUGCGAUUAUGUAUCGCAAAACUUGCAUCAUUGGAUUGAUCUUAUUUUUGGAUACAAACAGCAUAGUCAACCUGCCGUGGAGGCUGUAAAUGUUUUUCAUCAUUUGUUUUACGAAGGAAACGUAGAUAUUUAUAAUAUCGACGAUCCGUUAAAGAAGAACGCAACCAUUGGGUUUAUUAACAAUUUUGGUCAGAUUCCUAAGCAGCUGUUUAAGAAACCCCAUCCGUCUAAGAGAAUGGGUGGCAAUAAUAGAACUUCAGUUAUAGAUACGGGAUCGUUGGUGCAGGCUUUUACUUUACCACAACCUGAAAAACUGUUUUUCCAUCACCUCGACAAUCUUAGACCUUCUUUACAACCAAUAAAAGAAGUAAAAGGUCCAGUAGGUCAAAUAUUACAGGUGGAGAAGUCCGUGUUGGCUGUUGAACAAAACAAAGUCCUUAUGCCGCCUUCGUUUAACAAAUACGUAGCGUGGGGCUUCGCGGACCAUUCCAUUAGGAUAGGCAAUUACGACAGCGAUAAGGCGGUAUUUGUUUCCGAAAACGUCGAGCAGAAUAACGGAGAGAUUUUGGCCUGUGUCUGUCCCUCACCCAAGUUGAUUGUCACAGCAGGAACCAGCUCGGUUGUUACAGUUUGGGAGUACGACUCUAGAAAGAAAACAACUGGCAUUAAGCAUAGUUUGUAUGCUCACACGGAAGCCGUAACUUGCCUAGCGGCCAGUCCAGCAUACAAUGUUAUUGUAUCAGGAUCACGUGAUUCCACGGCUAUAAUAUGGGAUCUUUCACGUGGUGCAUUUGUUCGACAAUUAAGAGGGCAUGCGGGACCGGUCGCCGCCGUAGCUGUUAACGAACUGACUGGCGAUAUCGCUACCUGUGCCGCCACCUGGCUGCACGUAUGGAGCAUUAACGGUUGUCCGCUGGCAACGGUAAACACCUGUGUUGGCAGAGCCGAUCGCAUGCAACAAAUUCUUUGCGUAGCCUUCUCUCAGGCCCACGAUUGGGACCCAUUAAACGUUGUCAUUACUGGCUCCACAGAUGGCGUAACUAGAAUGUGGUCUAUAGAUUACGUUCAGGUGCCAAUUGAGUGCGAUCCAAAUUUCCCCAGUCAAAGGCUUCAGUCUGACAGUAGUAAAACGUCAAUAACUAACGAACCAUGUAGGCCAUCUCCAUCACAGCAUCGUUUGGUCAAGCAGAUCCACGUGUCUCAUGAUAGCUGCGGGAGUUUGUUGAAAUCUGGAUCUGAAAGCAGUCUUUCUGAAGACCUAGGCCAAAGAAAUUUAAUUGAAGUAACAAAACCAACUGAGGGCACUACUAAAGAGUGGCGGAGUGAACAGCAAGAAGAAAAGGAAACAUGUAGCGAUGGCGAGGAAGUGAUAGCGCCCGUGGCACCAGCAAGAAGGAGAAGGUCACGUGUGCAUGCAGGAUUUAGAAAAAGUGAAGGAGGAAAUAGUGCAGAAAGCGGCAGUUUAGACGUGGAUGACGGUUCCGGUUUAAGAACGAGCAAGUCCGAUACGAGUCUAACCGAUUCGUUCAUUAUUAUCGAUAAAAAGAAGAAAGUUAUAAAUCCUCUAAAUACGCUAAAACCAGGAUUUAAGUGGCAACGUCAGUUAGUAUUCAGAAGCAAACUUACAAUGCAUACGGCAUAUGACAGAAAAGACAAUACCGAACCUGCCUCAAUCACUGCCUUAGCUGUAUCUAAGGAUCAUAGGGUAGUUUAUGUUGGUGACACCAGAGGACGCGUUUUUUCUUGGUCGGUGUCCGAUACAAUUGGUAGGGCAGCAGAUCAUUGGUUGAAGGAUGAGGGCGCGGAAAAUUGCGCCAGUUGCUCUGUGAAGUUUACUCUGUAUGAGAGAAGGCACCAUUGCAGGAAUUGUGGACAGGUGUUUUGUUCACGAUGUUCUCGUUUCGAGAGCGAGAUCUCGAGAUUGAGGAUACUGAAGCCGGUUCGAGUCUGUCAGAGUUGUUACGCCUCCUUGAAAGGCGAUAAAUAAACCCGUAGAUCUAUCCUUCACCACAUUAUAUCUCGUACAAUAAAUAUAUGAGUAGCUUGAGAUACGAGAUUCUGGUGUUGGUAGUCCAGGACGCGCAACCGAAUGUUCCUGCUUGGCUAUGAAGUCAGAAGUGCUAUAUAAACGUAGAAAAGGUUUGGGCCAACCAACAUCACAGUCUCGUUUCUUGUUUAGAUAUAGAGAUAAAUAUAUGUAAGAUAAGAGAACAAUAUUAGAUGUAUAAAAGAAGAAAAAAUAUUAUUUUCUAGUAACCCGUGACGUUUAUUAGUCAAGUUGUAUAAUGUAAAAAAAUCUCAACACAUCCAUAUACGGUAUGUUGCAUUGUCGACCUGAAAUCCGAUGUAAAUUUUAAAAACGGUGAAUAAGUUUUCUCAGUUUUACUUUAGAGCAAAACUUAUUUGAGAUUUUUUAAAGAACUUCUUACAAUAAGGCAAAUUGUUGAUCUUGAAUAAUUAAUACAAACUUAUUUUUGGGUCAUGCGAGAUUCUAAAUUAGGCGAAAAUUUUUACAAUAAUCCGGUCCUGGACAAAUAAAGAUAAUAAUCACAAGAUAUGUCACAGUAUGACAAAUCGAUUAGGGUGUAUUCCGUUGCUUACCCUGGUUAUGGUUUUAUGUUCCGUUUCUAUCGGUUUCCUGAAAGUUUUCUUAUUACGGAACACGGUUCCUGAAAA